AAGAGCAUCACUGCCAGGAAGGUAAAACUGGCAAGCGGCAGCGUCUUACCGACUCUCAGGAACGAAUUUAACUAUCAACCUCCUUCUUUUUAGAUUGUAAUCAAAUAAAGCAGUAAGGAUGUCCAACGAUUCUGAGGUCGACAUGAAGGACGCGGAGCCGAAUGAGGUGGACCCGGAAAAGCAGCCUAUGAACGCCGAAAACGGUGAUGCCAACUCUGGUGUGGCAAUAAAAAACGGCAUCGUGAAGGUUAAGAUUGCUGAUGAGCAGGAAUCCAAAUUCACUGGACUCUCCAAAGAGGAGCUGUUGAAAGUUGCUGGAACUUCUGGGUGGGUGCGAGCCCGAUGGAUACUCCUCAUUCUGUUCUGGAUCGGUUGGAUUGGAAUGCUCGCUGGUGCCAUCGUCAUCAUUGUCCAAGCUCCCAAGUGCAAGCCACUUCCUGAGAUGAACUGGUGGGACUUUGGGCCACUGUACCAGAUUGGAGAUGUUAAUGCAUUUACAGGCAAUGAGGGCCUUAAAGGUUUGGAGGCGAAGGUUACUGCUUUGGGACACCUGAAGGUAAAGGGAUUGAUUAUAGGUCCCAUUCAUGAGUCUACUCCCGAUCAGCCUGAUGCUCUGAAUUUAAACGAGAUCAGCCCUUCAGUGGGCAAUCUGAGUGACCUUGAGGCGCUUAUUGGGGCAGCACGCAGAAAGAGUAUCUCUGUGGUUUUGGAUCUUACCCCAAACUACAAAGGGUUCGAGCCAUGGUUCUCCAACCCAUCAGUGACUGACGUGGGUGAAAAAGUCCAGGCUGCCGCAGAUCACUGGAUGAAAAAAGGCGUUGAUGGUAUCCUAUUAUACGGCGUCGACCGUGUCGCCAGGGAUGUACCAUCAGUUUGGGCGAGCAUUAGAGAGACUGUCAGUAAUCACACAGAAGAAGAGAGGAAAAAGGUAUUAAUUGGAGUUACCCAGGACACGUCUGCUGCUAAGCUGAACAAGCUGUUGAAUGAAACCCAUGUGGAUUUGCUCAUUUCUGAUGUCCUGAGACACAAAAGGGGUGCAGAGAUCUGUGAGGCUGUGCAGAAUCUGUAUUCCCAGAAUGGAUUUCAUUUGGCUUGGAGCUUGGGUCACCGCGUCAAGGGACACCUGGCCAGCAUGGUCGAGCCUGCAACUAUUAAGUUGCAUCAGCUGCUGCUGCUUACCUUGCCUGGAACUCCCAUUUUUAACUAUGGUGAUGAAAUUGGACUAAAGGAUGAUGAGGAUUCUUUGUAUCCAGCGAUGUUGGAUUCGUCAAAUGUGACUGAAAAGGCUGGUGUAGAGGACAGAAAAUCUCUACGCAUGUUCUUCAAGGAUGUGAGUGACCUCAGAGGAAAAGAGUGCUCCCUUCAGCAUGGAGAUUAUGUGCCUCUGCACAACAAUACUGAUGUUUUUGCAUACUUGCGCUCAUGGGACCAGAGUGAACGCUACAUAGUUGCAUUAAACUGGGGUACAGGACAAGCAACUCUGCCGUUGACCAACAAAUUGCUUCCUAAGGAAGCCAAGGUCGUAGUUAGUACUAAUGAAAACCUGAAACGCGAUGAUUUUGUUAACUUGACCCAAUUAAAGCUGGAUCCACAACAGGCUGUUCUGCUUAAAUUCCCUUAUGUUGCAUAAACGGGGGCUCUUCUGCAUGUGUGUAGAUAAAAACGAGUACGAGUGGUUGUUGGGUAAUGGUACAUGUUAUGAAAUAUUGUUACAGUCAUUGUGCAUAAAUGGGUAGUAAAAUAGAAAUACAGUAAUAGUCUGUAUACAACUGUGCACAAAUUAAAGGUCAGGACCAAUUUUUUUUAUGAAGCCCUUCACCCCAUAUAUAUUUUAAAUCCUUUAAAAAAAAUAAAAUAAAAUUCCUGGUUUUAGCCUAUUUAAAAAUGUGGUUGUAAUGCGGUUUUGUGAUUGUGUAAAAUGUCAGAGUUUGAUCUGUUGUUGGCAAACUCCAGUGCAAAAGAAGUAUCAUUGAAAAUAAAAAUGGAAGUCUGUUAAUUAUA